AUGGCCCUCAUUAACCGGGCUCAUAGUCUGGAGCAAAUGAUCACAGCCCAGGGAGUACGUACGUCUAAUGUGAUUGCAACUACUGCUCUGGCCGCUGCUAACUAUCCGACGACGCAAUCCGGUGGCCAAGUAACUACGCCUCCCACUAACGCUUGCCUGGGUCCAUUAAUCGUAACUAGCACAGGUGGCAGUGGUAGCUCUAAAAGUAGCUCAAGUCAUCAGGCCGUCUUCCAGAUAAAUGUCACAGCAACUGGGGGUGGAGCACAAGAAGGUACCGUCAGUAGUACAAGCGGCAUUGGGCUAGUAAGCGGCACCUUCUCGGGGAUCGGACAAUUAGCAGCGGUCGGUGGAUUGAAUCCCCAGGACUCAGGAAGUGUAGGUUCACCUACUCGAGAAUCAGAUAUAUCAAACAAGAUUGUACAUGUUGGUGCUGUGGCGCUCAGGCUGGCGGCAUUCAUCAACAACGUACGCAUCAAUCUUCGCGAUUGGAUACGCAUAUACAUGCGUAAUCUGAUGGAAACUGCUUGUCAGUUGCAUGAUACUACUCAUAAAAGCAUCAUGGUAAGUUAG